GACGGGCCGACAGGAUGCAGAACUCGGUGAUUCUUGUUUCCCUGCUGGUCCUGGGGUGGAGCUGGACCCUCCAGGGGCUGCCUGUACUCUCAGAACCUCUCUACAACACGCAGGAGAACUUCGAUCAGGCCCAGUUCCUGGGAACCUGGUAUGACGUUGCCAUGGCAAGCACAUGUCCCCAUCUGCAAAAUCAAAAGAGAGAUGCAGCCAUUGGUAAACUGGUACUGCAGAGCAGCACCACUGCAGGCAAACUCAAGGCAACCCGGACUGUACUCAGACAUGGAAAAUGUAAGGAGAUGUCUGUAGACUAUGAGGUGACCUCCACACCAGGACGAUUCCUCUACCACGUUACCAGGUGGAGGUCAGACGUGGAUGCCUACGUGGUUCACACCAACUACAAUGAGUAUGCGAUAGUGAUAAUGAGCAAACAGAAGCCAUCAGGGAACAAGAGCACCUCACUUAAGCUUUACAGUCGAUCUCGGACUGUGAGAGCCACGGUGCUGGAGGACUUCAAGACACUGGUCAGAGAACAGGGAAUGAGCGACGACACUAUUAUUACUAAGCAGGACAAAGGUGACUGUGUUCCUGGAGAUCAGGCGGAAGAGACGGAAGCCCAGGCUGAGCCUCAGAGGAGAAGGAGGAAUGUGGUGCCCUCAUUGGCUGCUGCAGACAUGGAGGGUUCUGGUGAUGAUGGACCUCUUUUCAAUGGAACUGAGGCCUGUGGAGCAGCACCAGAUACAGGACCAUGUUUCGGGAUACACCAGCGUUACUUCUACAACUCCUCCUCAAUGAGCUGCGAACUCUUCAAGUAUGGAGGGUGCUUGGGCAACCAGAAUAACUUUGAAAGCGAGAGAGAGUGUCUACAGAGAUGUCGCACUGAGGCUGUGUGUCGUCUGCCCAUGGCAGCCCAACCCUGCACAGGCCAUCCACCUAUCUGGGCUUUUGACUCCCUCAUCGGUCUGUGUUUGCCCUACAAAGCGGGCUUCUGCCAGACCAACGGCAACAAGUUCUACAGCAAGGCCGAGUGUGAGGAGUACUGUGGGGUGGUGAAAGAUGGUGCAGAGCUCCUGAAGGCAAACUGAGUGAGAUGAGUAAAAAUUGCUCAUCUGAACUAAUUUUUCAGAGAGGCAACAUUUGUCUAAGCACUCAUAAAACAUGUGAAGUGGUGUCACAAUAGAAUACCAAUAAAACAAGA